AAUAUGAGAUUCAGUGAUUGACUGACACAAAUUACUACACCCCAUUUUGCUAGGUUUUCUGCAUAAUUUGGACACUAUUGCAAGAUUGCUGCUUGUUUUGAGUUGAUGGUAUAUCUGCAACUUCUGCUCAGUUGCUAGUCCUUCAAAGCUGCUGCUGUAUAUGCUUCGAAUGGCUAAGAGAUUCAAUCAUCAGAUGGUUCUAGUUCUUGCUGUAAUAUUACUGUUAAUCAAUCAGUCAGAGCAGAAAGAAUCGUCCCAGACUCGAACCCUUUUACGAAUUCGAUCGUUGUUGAGCUAUCCAGACAUUUUGAGUAGCUGGAAUAGCUCGAUUGACUUCUGCAACAUCGAACCGACAUCCCAAGUAACUGUGGUCUGCUAUGAGGAAAGCAUAACUCAGCUGCAUAUAAUUGGAAGUAAAGGGACUCCUUUGCUGCCUACAAACUUUUCCAUGGAUUCCUUUGUCAAAGCACUUGUUAAGCUUCAGGACCUGAAAGUUAUUACAUUGGUUUCUCUUGGUUUAUGGGGGCCAUUGCCUGGUAAAAUUUCGCGUUUAGUCUCGUUGGAAAUUCUUAACAUGAGUUCGAAUUCGCUAUACGGAACCAUCCCUCGUGAGCUUUCAUCUGUCACUGGCCUUCAAACACUCAUACUUGAUGAUAACAUGUUCUAUGGUCAGCUACCUGAAUGGCUCGGUUCGUUUCCCAUUCUGACUGUUCUGAGUUUGAGGAAGAAUUUGUUCAAUGGCUCUUUAACUGAAUCGUUUAACCGUUUGGAGAAUCUUCGAGUUCUGGUGCUUUCACAUAACCAUUUGUAUGGGGAAGUUCCUGAUCUUAGCAGUUUGACAUAUCUUCAAGAGCUUGAUCUAGAAGAUAAUGCUUUCGGGCCUCGGUUUCCUCAGCUUGGCAACAAGUUGGUUCGCCUUGUACUGGGAAAGAACAGGUUUCGAUCUGGCAUUCCUUCUGAAUUGAGCUCAUUUUACCAACUUGAAUGGCUUGACUUGUCAUUCAAUAUAUUUGUUGGGCCAUUUCCUCCAUCAUUGUUAUCCCUACCUUCCAUUACUUACUUGAAUAUUGCAGACAACAAGCUAAGUGGGAUGCUAUUUGAAAACACUUCCUGCAAUGCAGAGCUUGAAUUUGCAGAUUUAUCAUCAAACCUUUUGUCUGGACACUUGCCAAGCUGUCUCUCAGAUUUGAAAGGCGGAGUUUCCCUGUAUGCUCGAAAUUGCCUGGCGACAGGAAACGAAAACCAACAUCCGUUCUCCUUCUGUCAUAAUGAAGCCUUAGCUGUGGGAAUCUUAACUCACCAGAAGAAGUCCAAAACUUCUAAAGUAGCUCUUGCUAUGGCCACAACCGGAGGAAUCAUUGGUGGAAUAGUAGUUCUCGGGCUUGUUUUCAUGUUUGUUCGGAGGUCGAACUCGGAUAAGACAAUAAAAAAACCUACUACAAGAUUGAUUGCAGAGAAAGCAUCAACUGUGUACACAUCGAAAUCACAUACUGAUGCAAGGUAUAUGUCGCAAACGAUGCAUACGGGAGCACUCGGACUACCGGCUUAUCGAACCUUUUCAUUAGAAGAACUUGAGGUUGCUACAAACAACUUUGACACAACUGCUUUCAUGGGUGAAGGUUCUCAGGGACAGAUGUAUAGAGGUAGGCUGAAAGAUGGAACAUUUUUGGCCAUUAGAUGCCUGAAAAUGAAGAAAAGCCAUAGCACACAAAGCUUUAUGCACCAUGUAGAGCUUAUUUCGAAAUUGAGAUAUCGCCAUUUAGUCAGUGCUCUAGGCCAUUGCUUUGAAUGUUACUUGGAUGAUUCAAGUGUCAGCAGAAUUUUUCUGAUCUUUGAAUAUGUACCAAAUGGCACUCUCAGGAGCUGGAUAUCUGGAGGCCAUGGCAAACAUUCACUUACAUGGGCACAACGCAUAUCGGCUGCAAUCGGGAUAGCAAAGGGCAUCCAAUUUUUGCAUACUGGGAUUACGCAUGCUGUGUACUCCAAUCAUCUGAAAACAACUGAUAUUUUGAUGGACCAGAACCUUGUUGCAAAGAUUAGCAGUUACAACCUGCCCUUAUUAGCAGAGACUGAAGACAAGGUGGGCCGUGGAACAUCUGCUCCACCCAAGGAUCCAAGUACUAGUACAAGGGUAAGGUAUGAUGAUGAGUCUGAUGUUUAUGAUUUUGGAGUUAUUUUACUCGAAAUGAUUCUUGGGAGGCCAUCAAAAUCCAGGAAACAAGUGCAAAUUCUCAAAAAACAGUUAGAGGCAAUCAUGGCAACCGAUGAUGUGACGAGAAGACUUGUAGCGGAUCCGGCAGUUCGGACAUCUUGUUCGGAUCAAUCAUUGAAGACAAUGAUGGAGAUUUGUGUAAGAUGUCUAGUGAAGAACCCUGCAGAGAGGCCUUCUGUUGAUGAUGUUCUGUGGAACUUGCAAUUUGCAGCUCAAGUUCAAGAUGCAUGGAAGGUAGAUUCCCAGAGCAGUGAAGGAUCCCCGGGCUCUCCUUUUGAACUUCCACACCUUCGUGUCGCCUUCCGUUAACAAUGAUGACUUUCAGGCACUUCCCAUUUAUGUUGUUCCGACUAUUCAUUUUUCUUGUACCACAACACUCAAAUCCGAGUAACA